GAUGUGUUACAAGGGCACAUUCUUCUACUGCAUCCCAGUCAAGACGGCCUGUUACGUUUUGGCCAUUAUAAAUGCGGUCAUUAACGCGGUGACCUUGGGGUGUUUCAGCAUUCAGGGGGUAGUAUACCUACUGGCAGCCGUCGUCAGCUUCUGCGUCGGCGGUGGUAACAAAACGGGCGGUGAUCGCUUUAAGCGAAGCUCAGUGGUCACGGAUCGAGAUAUAUACGACUACUGGAUUCCUUUUGAGUACCUGCUUCCCUUGUGUUGGCUGUUUUCUCUUCUUACUUUCAUCUUCUCUGUACUGCUAUGCUGUGGCCUCGAUAAUCGUAAGGUGAGACAGGUGUGGGCGUACUUCAUCUACGGCUGCGUAGUCACAGUCCUCGCGUUCUUGGCUUCCAUAGUCCAGAUCAUCGUCAAGGAAGAAUCGUUGCUUGGUCUGUGGGGGCUCAUGGGAUGUGUUCUCCACUCGCUAUUCCUCGUGCUGGUGCACUACACGCACGCCAAGAUGGCCGACGAGGCCAUGUUUACAGACCACAGCCGCCUGAACGACGAAGACUCAAGGGACUCUAGACGAGAUGUAAAAUUACAUACGGUGAUCUAAUAAAUUAU